AAAAUAAACUCAAAAUGGAUCAAAGACCUAAAGUGAAGGGGAAUUGGAUUGGUCGUUCUCAGAACAAGGAGCCGGAAUUGACGCACAGAGCAGUAGUGUCCUCGUUGGAGUGGCUGUGGCAUGAAUUCCUUGAAGAUCUCUGGAGAAAACAGAAAGAAACUGAAACGCUCUGCCUUUGCUUUCCACUUUUUAGCUUUCGACAUAACUGAAAACAUCCCCAAACACUGAUCUAAGUUAAUCAUCUCUGAAGAGUUGCGGAUCCACUGAGUAUUAAAGCAAACCUUCCUUCUAUGUGAGCCAAAAAAAAGAAAGCCUGCCAAGCACCUGUAAAGAGAUGGCUAUCAUCAUAUGGGAAUUUGAAGAGCUGCUAUAUGGCACAUUCGUGAUCCAAAUGGGAGAGGAUCAACUGUUGUGAUGUCCCAGAAGGCUUUAUAACAGAGUAAACAAGAAGGGAAAAUUUUAACAGCUUGUUGUCUGUGCUUGCACACUAGAUUUCCUUGUAGUUACUGUAGAGAAAUCCAAAACAAACAUGCAGGUAGUUCUUUGAAAAGCCCCCAAAUCAGGUAUAGAGGCUCAGACCAACGCAGUAAAAAGAUUAUUUUAGUCUCAGAUUCUCCAACCUAUCGAUGGUCAGUCUUUUAGAAAGAGCAAGCAGUUGAUAGUGAAUUUAGGUUCUGAACCACCAUUUGGCAAAGACAGUUUCCCCAGAAAGAAAUAUGCCUGCUAAUGACACAUGUGCUGGACCAUAUGCAGACAAUACAGAUUUUCGAUACUUUAUCUAUGCUGUGACAUACACUGUUAUUCUUGUGCCGGGUCUCAUAGGGAACAUAUUAGCCUUGUGGGUAUUUUAUGGCUAUAUGAAAGAAACCAAACGGGCUGUGAUAUUCAUGAUAAACUUAGCCAUUGCUGACUUGCUACAAGUUCUCUCCCUGCCACUGAGGAUCUUUUACUACUUGAAUCAUGACUGGCCAUUUGGGCCUGGACUCUGCAUGUUCUGUUUCUACCUGAAGUAUGUCAACAUGUAUGCAAGUAUCUACUUCUUGGUCUGCAUCAGUGUACGACGAUUUUGGUUUCUCAUGUACCCUUUUCGCUUCAAUGACUGCAAACAGAAAUAUGACUUAUACAUCAGCAUUGCUGGCUGGCUGAUCAUCUGUCUUGCCUGUCUGCUCUUUCCUCUCCUCAGAACCAGUGAUGAGACCACAGGCAACAGAACCAAAUGCUUCGUAGAUCUUCCUACCAGGAAUGUCAAUCUGGCCCAGUCUAUUGCCAUGAUGACCAUUGGCGAGUUGAUUGGGUUUGUCACUCCUCUUCUGAUUGUCCUAUAUUGUACCUGGAAGACGGUUUUAUCACUGCAAGAUAAAUAUCCUGUGACUCAAGACCUUGGAGAGAAAAAGAAAGCCUUGAAGAUGAUUCUAACUUGUGCGGGAGUAUUCCUAAUCUGCUUUGCACCUUAUCACUUCAGUUUUCCUUUAGAUUUCCUGGUCAAGUCCAAUGAAAUUAAAAGCUGCCUAGCCAGAAGAGUGAUUCUAAUAUUUCAUUCUGUUGCCCUGUGUCUUGCUAGUCUGAAUUCCUGCCUUGACCCAGUUAUAUACUACUUCACCACUAAUGAGUUCAGAAGACGGCUUUCAAGACAAGAUUUGCAUGACAGCAUCCAACUCCAUACAAAAUCCUUUGUGGGCAACCAUACCACUUCUACCCUGACAACUGAAUUAUGCUAAAUAAAAAUUAAAAAGUGAAUGUGGUCUGAAAUGCAAGUAUAUCAGAAAACAUUUGCAAUACCCCAAGCCACUGGGAAGUAAUCACAGGAAGCACUCAUAGCUUUUCAGUUAUGUUCUAUCUUACCUGUAUGAGGAAUUCACAUCGUCAUAACAGAACCAAUUUAGAGCAUUAUACUCCACCAUCAGUGAUGUUGACAUGUUCAUGUAGUAAUUUGUCAUCAAGUCUUUAAGAUGUAAACUAUAAAAUUUCAGUGGCAUCCUAUACACAUGUGCUCUCAACUAAAGUCAGCAGUUUUAUCUGUGAACCUCAGACACAGAGAGACUGUUAGCUUGGGAUCAUAAUAAGUGCUUAGGUUUGUUACAACAGACAAUGAGUCUCUUUGCAUUUUAGAGGCAAUACAGUUGUCUAUUUAUACUAGUAAUCACGGUUUAUUUUCCAAUAUGACAUUUUUGGUUUGAUUUUAAGUAGGAUGGACAAUAUAUUAUUCUGUGAAAACAAAAGCGUUAUAAACAUGGGACCAUUUUUAUCUCCCAUGUGUGAUUAUACUCUAGGGGUUUGAAGACUGGAAUAGCUAUUUCCUUCAUUUCAAUGUCAGUAUGAAACAUUAUCUGUCACACCUAUGCUAGAAUAAAAAUCUGAACUCAGGCCUCUGCCAUGUUUAAAGUAAGAACAAGAAAGAGAUUCACAUACAAUAACUCUCUGUGACUGUAUAAUACACCGUAUUAAAUCUACCCAGGGCAGUUAGCUUGUCAAAGUCCAUACAAGGUGACCCAGAUUGCCUCUAUAGGUCCAGGAGACAGCAGAUAGAUGAAAUCACAGCUCUGUUCUUUUAAACUAUUUCCUAAGAACACCUCUGGAGAUGUAUGGACCUGCCUAGAAGAGAAAGUUUCCACUAAGCUUCUAGAGUGACGUUGAGGUACCUCUGACAGGUUACUGUGCUUUCUGAGCCUAUGAAAGAAGUAGUGCACUAAUUAAUUACUAAGCUUAGGCCAAAGUGGAAAGAUGAAGUAGAGUCAAGUACACCUCUUAAAAGCCUCAUCACAUUGUAUUUCUUACUUUAAGUUAGGUGACAACUGUCAAGCCACCUUCACAUGCCAGAAUAGGGUUUGGAGGCAGCUACGCAUGUGGACCCUAGAGUCUUCAGUAAUUUUUCUGGCCCACCUUUGCCCCAGUCAUACCAUUCUGCGGCCUGCACAGCCUACCUCCCAGCAGUUGGAGAAGACAAUUCUUUCACUGUUUGAGAAAAGUGCAGAAGAUUAAUUUUGGCAGCAUUGGAGACCGCUAACAAUGCCUUGUCUGCUACAUUCUUGGUACUAGUAUGCAGGAAACAGACCCAGGAUAUGAAUAGUAACUAAACCUGAGAUCUUAAAUAUUAGAAUACUUUGAAGCAUGUUUCAGCAAAAAGCUCUAAGAUAAAAAAUGCUCUAUUUAAAAUCUAUGUGCUAUAUAAUGAAGACACAUGCUACUUCUCAUCUGGAAGGAAUGUGAAAAUCAACAAAGAGCUCCAUCGUAUUUAGAGGAAGGGAGUUUCUUUAGGCACACAGUUAUGAUACUAAUAUGUUUGGAGGAAAAAAUGGUGAAAUCAAAAUGAAUUCUAAUAUCUAAGAUGAAUGGAAACUUUUCUAAUGUUUUCUCUGGACAAGUGUUGAUUUUGCUUGUACUUUGUUAUUAAAAUAAUACCCUACUAGAAGACUGAUUUUGUGCUGCUAGCAAUAG